UCAUUUCCAACAUGGCGUUUGCAAGCAAAGUUUACACGCUCGAUCAAGCGGUUGAUGUUUGUUUACAAACGGACAAUGAAGAGGAUAACGCUGCAGAUAGUUCCACUGGUGGGAUGAGCAGUGGAGAAGAGGAAGAACUUGAUCAUCUGUUAAUGAAUGAUUGUGGUUCUGAUCAAGAAUUGAGUGAUCAAGGUGAAUAUCAACCACCACAAGACAAGUCAAGUUCAGGGAGUGAUUCUGAAAAUGAUCUUGGGUCACCUCUGCAAAAACGUGGCAGAGGACAACCACAUGGCAGAGGACAGCCACGUGGAAGAAGGGCUAGGGGUAGAGGAAGGGGUAUCAGCAGAAGUGAUAGGGCCAGAGGAAAAUGUGUAGCACCUGGUCCUGUUGAUGAAAAUAAAAGCUACGAUGACCCAGACACUACCAAUAUUCUGCCUCCCUUUGCUCCACGGCGCCCACCAGGAAACCAUUUUCCUAAUCAUACCCUGCGAAGGACAAUGACCACAGCUUUGGACUUUUUCAGGCUCUUCUUUACCAUUGAAAUUAUGAAUGAAAUAUGCACAUAUACAAACGAUUAUGGCUGGAAUUUGGUGGUGAGCAAGCCCUAUUAUGGCAAUAAGGAAGGAACCUGGAGCGAGACCAACCCUGCAGAGCUAGGCAAGCUUAUCGCUCUCUUAAUUUACAUGGGUCUUGUAAAAGUAAGCUCAUUUCACAGGUAUUGGAGUACCAAGACACUUUACCAUGGCCUCUGGGCUCGUCAAAUCAUGUCAAGGGAUAGAUUCAAAGCCCUUAUGGCAUCUAUACAUAUUGUUGACCCUGGACAAGAGAAGGAUGGAGAUAAAUUGCGCAAAGUGGCAGAUUUUGUUGCAAAAUUCAAAGCAAAGUGCCAGUCAUUAUAUCAGCCCACACAAAACAUUUCAAUUGAUGAGAGGAUGGUGAAACCCAAACAUAGGUCAGGUAUUAGACAGUACAUAAAGAACAAACCCACUAAAUUUGGCAUCAAGCUUUGGGUUCUUGCUGAUAGCUGCAAUGGUUACACUUGCGAUUUCGACAUAUAUGCUGGCAAAAAUGGUGGUCAGGUUAUUGGACCAAAUGGCCUGGGGUAUGAUGUGGUAAUGAGACUAAUUACUCCACUUCUAAAUCAAGGGUAUCAUUUAUUUUUUGAUAACUUUUAUACCUCGGUUUUACUAAUAAAAGAUUUAUUUGGACUGGGAACACCUGCCUGUGGUACAACCUGUGAGAACAGACAAGGAUUUCCCGUGACUAUGAAAAAUGGAAAGCAAUGGGCACGGGAAAAGGCUAAGGGAAGCAUGAGGUGGAAGAGAGAUGGUUGCUGUCUUGCUAUCCAAUGGAAAGAUAACAAGGCAGUAACCAUCUUAUCUUCCAUAAAUAAUGCAAAUGAUUUCACGAUUGUUUCAAGGAAGGAAAGAGUUGGAACUACCUGGUCCACCAUCAAUGUCAAGCAGCCAAGGGUCAUUGAAAUGUAUAACCAAUACAUGAACGGGGUUGACUUGUCGGAUCAAAGAUUAGCAUCUAACAAUGUCCUUCGCCGCUGUAUGAGGUGGUGGAAAACAUUGUUUUUACAUUGUAUUGACAUUGCUGUAGUAAACAGCUUCAUACUCUUCCAACAACACUGUGCUGAAAACCCAGACAGUCUCAAACGAUCUAAAAAUUACGCACUCUUGGAUUUUAGAGAAGAACUGGUAAGGGGACUUGCAGGCCUUGAAGAGUUUGGAAUUCCCCCAGUACACAGGCCUCCAUCCAGAGAUCCCAAUUGUUUUGAGACCGAACACAUGCCCACAUUUGGCCCGGACAGAAAGAACUGCAAAGUCUGUUAUCAGACCCAAAAGAAGGAAAUAAGAGUAUUUUCUUUUUGCAGUGCUACGUGUUGUCAAGUUUACCUUCAUUGCACUGCAGAAAAAAAUUGUUUUCAAGUUUGGCACAGUAAGGACUACCACAAAUAAGUCACUCUUGACCAUCCAUGCCAUGUUUGUUUAUUGAAGUAACCUGAACAUAUCAAUGUGGCAUAUAAAAUAAUUGUUGUUCAAAUUUGUUGUUCAAUGUUGUUCAUGUUGUUCAAAUGUUCUAUAGUGACAUGUUUUAUAUCUAUUUAGGCAAAUAAAUUGGUGUUUCAACAAGAUACAUGAAAAGAUGUUUUUUUUGGGGGGAAAAUUGUGUUUUUUCGGAAAAAUAUGUUUUUUUUCGGAGAUUAUAGGAUGCAUGAAAGGAGAUGAAGAUAUUGUCAAAUUGACUCCAAAUUUGGCAGGAAGAUUCCUUACAGUAUAUACUAAAACUUUGCUUUUGCACAAUUGCAGUCAUCAAAACAUGAUGGCAACCACAGCAGAUUACACCUAUAUUUUGUGUUUUAUUUCAGAAAUAUCGCUGCAUAAAUUAGCAUAAAUUAUUUUUUAAUAAUUUUAAUUGAGUGACAAUAUUUUUUCCAUCUAUUCUACAUUCAUCACCCUUUAAAAUGAAUCAUAAUAUAUGGUGUUAUAGGCAAUAUUUGCAGAGAUAUCCAAGAUUUACAAAAAGUCACAAAAAAUUGUAAGUUU